AUGAAACUGUUCAUCGGUAGAAAAACACGUUCGGUUGUCAUCUCUUCCAAUAAUUACUGUUUAUCGUUUCAACGACUGCGCAGCAUACCAGGAGCCAGUUCCCAGCAGCGUCAACUAAGUAAAAAUCCUAGCGUAACUAUAAAAUCUUUCCCUGAUACAGACCUCUCAAAUGAUAAUAACUAUAUCGAAGUCAAAAGCUGCAUAUUCAAUGGGUUAUUGGGGCUUGUGUGUCUCAAUGGUGAUAUAUAUGUCGCCGUUAUAUCUGGUGUCCAGAAUGUUGGAUUUCCUAGAUGGAAAUUAGUAGAUCACCAAGUAAGGCCGUCAGAGAACAUUUAUAAAAUAUUAGAUGUCGAUUUUUACAGUUUAGAAAAUGACGUUUUUGAUUACCUCCUUUAUGAAAGGUCAGAACAAAACUACGAUAAAUUGAUCCACGAACAUCCCUGUGGUCCCUUGAAGAAACUGUUUAGUGAUGGAACAUUUUAUUAUUCUAGAGAUUUCGACAUCUCAAACAUCGUAAAAAACCACGGUUCAUCACAUAACUUGGAAUACACUGUGGAUAACCAAGAUUUAUCCUUCAUUUGGAACGCUAAUUUGGCUAGUGAGGUUAUCAAUUGGAGAAGUAAAAUUUCGAAUGAAGAGAAACAACUCUUUGCAAAUGCGGGUUUCUUAACGUUUGUUAUUCGAGGUUAUUGCAAGACAGCGUUAAUAGAAAACGGCCCAAAUACAGCCUCCAUAACUAUCAUUUCCAGGAUCUCAACUGAAGGUAAGCAGGAUACGCUCGAAUUAGAGGGCAUUAGUGAAGACGGAAAGAUUUCCUUGUUUGUCGAAACUGAAAUUGUGGUAACCACAGAAAAGUUCAUUUUUUCCUACACUCAAGUAAACGGAAGCAUUCCUCUUUUUUGGGAAUCUGUGGAAAGUCAGCUGUUGUAUGGGAGGAAAAUCAAGAUAACGAAGGAUCCUAUCGAAGCUCAAGGAGCCUUUGACAGGCAUUUUGAUAAUCUAACAUCAAAGUACGGUGUCGUUAGUAUUGUUAAUAUUAUAAAACCGAAAAGCGAGUCACAAGAAAAGCUAGCACUGACAUACAAGGAUUGCGCUGAAUCAAAAGGAAUAAAAAUAACAAAUAUAGAAUACAGCUCUAGUGUUCUAACGAAAUCUCCCCAUAAACUGCUUUAUUUGCUAAAACAAGAUAUUUACGAGUUCGGCGCCUUUGCGUAUGAUAUCUCCAGGGGCAUCUAUUUUGCAAAACAAACGGGUGUGAUAAGAAUAAGUGCAUUUGAUUCAAUUGAAAAACCCAACACAGUUGAAAGGUUAGUGAGCAAGGAAGUCCUUGAGUUGACUACCAAUGAAAUCGAUGUAUUUGAGCUUACUUCUCCAUUCUUAGAUGCCCAUGAUAAGCUGUGGUCAGAAAACUAUUACUGGCUUGAUCGAACAUACACCAAGCAUACAAAGAGUUCUGGAAAGUACACGAAAGUUUAUUCGAAAUUGUUUGGUUCGCGAGUUAGAUUAUACGAUCCGCUACACAUCUACAUCUCUCAGCACUUAAAGCAACUAAGGACAAAAUAUACCUUUGAGAAAGAUAUCUCAAUAUUUGCAGGGACAUUUAACAUAAGUGGGAAAAUCCCUAAAGAUGAUAUAAAGGAUUGGAUUUUUCCAAAGUCAAUGUCUACGGAUGAUGAAAUGGCUGAUCUUUAUGUGAUAGGAUUGGAAGAGGUGGUGGAACUUACCCCUGGCCACAUCCUUGCUACGGAUCCAUACGUCCGCCAAUUUUGGGAAAAGAAGAUACUGACUUUAUUAAAUGGGCCUGGACGUAAAAAGAAAUAUGUUCGUUUAUGGAGCACGCAGUUGGGUGGUAUUUUGCUUCUCUUAUUCAUGAAAGAGACAGAAUAUUCGAAAGUCAAGCAUAUCGAAGGGGAUGUAAAAAAAACCGGCUUUGGUGGGAUGGCUUCGAAUAAAGGAGCCGUCGCAGUCAGUUUCAAAUAUUCCGCUACAAAGUUUUGCGUACUGGUGUCACAUUUAGCGGCAGGGUUAGAAAAUGUUGAACAGAGACACAAUGACUAUAAAACAAUCGCAAAAAGCAUUCGAUUUUCAAGAGGACUACGAAUAAAGGACCAUGACGCAAUUAUUUGGAUGGGUGAUUUCAAUUACAGGAUAUUGAUGUCAAAUGAAGAUGUUAGGCGAAAAAUUGUUUCUAAAGAGUAUGCCGGUUUAUUUGAAAAAGAUCAGCUUAAUCAGCAAAUGAUAGCCGGUGAAUCAUUCCCUUAUUUCCACGAAAUGGCAAUCGAUUUCCCGCCUACCUAUAAAUUUGAUCCUGGUACAAAAAACUAUGAUACCAGUGAAAAAAUGAGGAUACCAGCUUGGACUGACCGGAUUCUAAGCAGAGGAGAAGUAUUAAAACAAUUGGAAUAUAGAUGUUGUGAAGAUAUCGUGUUUUCCGAUCAUCGACCAGUAUAUGCAACAUUCAGGGCCAGAGUGACUGUGGUUGAUGAACAAAAAAAGACUACUCUGGGUACACAAAUCUACGAGAGAAUUAUGGAAAAAUUAGAAGGGUUGGAUGAUGAUGAGAAAAUUGCAGUUCUAAGUGAUGACGCAUUUGUUAUUGACAGUAUUGAGGGCAACGAUGCGAUAGCUGGGCCUACGCACUCUCCAACACCAAUUCCUGAACCGAAAAGAGGCAGAAAAUUACCACCACCUAGUUCAGACUUGAAAAAAUGGUGGAUCGGGAACGGGAAGCAGGUUAAAGUGGUUCUUGACGUGGACCCAGAAGUUUAUAUGAUCAACCCAGAGAGGGAUCCCAACCCUUUUAUCGAGAACGAAGAUGAAACGCUUUUUAUAGAAAGAUAA